CCAUGGCACAUCAGCUGCAGAAUGACAGAGAUCACCAGCUGGGACUGUGUGUACUUUGUGGAUUACCAGCAGUGGGUAAAACUACAAUGGCACAGCAGCUGAGUCAGUCCCUGAGGAAGUACAAGGGAUGGUGGUGUGUUCUUCUCACUUACGAUGAUCUCAUUCCCAUGGAGACAUUCAACCAAAUAGAGACGUCUCAGUGGCGAUUGUACCGGCAUGAAUUAUUGUUGUACCUUGAACACUUCCUUCAAGCUCUUAUUAAAGGAUGCCAUUAUUCUCCUCCUCCAAACAGAACUGAAACAACAUGGAAAAGCUUUAUCCGCUGUUUGAAAGAGCAAGGAUUAAUAUCUCCAGGAACAGAAGACUCUGCAUCUUGUCAAUAUUUAAUAGAUUUUACCCCUCUCAGACCAAUAUAUUUUAUUUUAGAUGACAACUUUUAUUAUCGCAGUAUGAGAUAUGAAGUGUACCAGUUAGCUCGCCAGUAUACACUGGGCUUCUGUCAGUUGUUCCUAGACUGUCAAGUUGAGGUUUGUUUGGAGAGAAAUUGUCGAAGAAAACAGCCGUUACCUGAAGAAAUAAUCUCUGCAAUGGUACAGAAAAUAGAAGUUCCAAAUCCAGAGAAAUACACAUGGGAGCAGCAUAGCCUCAUUCUGAAGAGCACAGGAUAUUCAUUCGAAGAUAAUCUUCAGGUGCUUGGUUUGUUAUCUACCGCUUUGGAAACCCCAGUGAAACCCCUGGAAGAGAAUACAGAACUAAAGGCAAUGGAUCGAGCUAUUUGUGCUGCCAGUGUUCUUCAUCAGGCUGACCAGGCUGUCAGGCGAAUGAUCUCGCAAACAAUGCAGAAUGCUAAAGACAAUGAUCUGACCCCAAGUGAGAUGAAGAGCUUGGCAAAGGAACUAAACAAGCUGAAAGUGGAGUUCUUAGAAGAUUUAAGGCACAAGUUUAAUGAGAAAAAUCACUGUUUAGAAAAUAAUGCAUUUAACAUAAAUGUAACAUGCUUAUUCAGUCAACAGGCAGAUGACAUUGUUAAGAAACAUUUAACUAAAUAGUAGCAUGUUGCUUUGUGAAGGGGAUAUAAAGCUGUAGCAGGUGGGUUUGACAAGAACACCAAAGCUGUAUGCCAUAGGCAUGGUUUCUGUGCAUGGAGCUGGAUAGAAGGAGCUUCAGAUUAGUUCUUCUGAAUGGGGUUUAUUGCGUUAUUUCUCAGAUUGAAACAAUUUAUUUCUGGCUUGAAGAUAUUCUAUAGGUGGGAUUUCAUGCUAGCCAACUGAAAGAGGCUCUCUUAUAGUUAAAAUGUCAGUGAAAGCGGAAGGCAAAUUCCCUCACUUUCUCAGCCUUAAAACAGCCAA